AUGUCGAGAAGAAAGCAGGCUAAGCCCCAGCAUCUUAACUCAGAGGGCCAACUCAUGGAGACCUGUGGUAAGUGUCCCUCUCCUGCUCAGACCCCUGGGGCACAUCUGGGGGGUGGGCUCCCCAGGAAACACUCACUUGGGGUGAAUUUUAUAAUUGUUUUAUUUAAUUUUUAAUUGUUUUUUCUUUUCGGGACUUUGGACCCUGACCCCAUCCCACUGCCCAUCCAUGUGUGAGCAGCAGGCGGGUUUGGUUUAAUUUUAGGAAAUCUUACAGUACCCCCUACUUGGCUCCGGGUCUCUAACCGUGAUAUAAUUCUAUGGAUUUAUUAAAACGAUCUGAUUCUUGUUUCUCUGUUGGAUCUGGAUCCCACCGAUAACGGCAACUUUUAUUUUGUGAAUUUGUCUUUAACAAAAACUAUAAAUUUAUUUAAUUUUUCCGGAUUUCUAUCAGUUUUCGAGAGCCGGUAUUUAACGGUGAUCAGCGCUUUAUUUAUGUAAUUUUGUUAUUUUUAUUUUCCUGUUCUGGAUCAGCACGUGUUCUCACAGAUCCGCUGAGUUUAAUGUUUUGGGAUUUUUUAUUUUUUUUUGCUUGUCCCUGUAAUAUUUGACUCUCUGCUUCCGACACCUGUUUUUACGUGGGAGAUUUUAGGGGUGUAGGAGGGGGGGGGUCAUAGCAUGAUGUCCAUAUAUCUGCUGACUGUGAGUGGAUUUUAUUUUUAACGCACUCCUUGCUCCCCAUCCUCCAUACACCCCAAACCCUGCUACCCUCAGUAAUCUCUCAGGAUACUCCUAUUGAGUGUUGGCUGGAGGUGAUGGCAUUCCUCUCUGCUCCAUUAUUGAAGCCUUUCAGACGCUGUGCAACAGUUGCUAAUCUUAAAACCCAUUUUAUAUCGAUAUAUUUCUGUCUUGGGCUAGGAUAUGUUUAUUGAUAGAAUAUAAAUAUUAUGCAAUUUAUUUGUAAACAAUGUGCAGAGUGUUGAUACAAUUGUUGCGAGUUCUGGUAAAGUUUCCUGACCCUGUAACAUUGUAUCAUAUUUAGGGGGCGAUGGUUCCUGGGAGUGACCUGGUGCCGUUUAUCUGGCUGCUUUUUAACGCGUUCUUAUCUGGGCUGUAGAUCGGGGUUUGUUUUGCUGUUGGGGUCAGUUUGUAUUCACUCCAGCAGUGGUAAUAAAUGCCAUGACUUUUUUUUUUUUUUUUCUCUUUUGUGUGAUGGGGGUGGAGGUGCAUAUAGGUUUGUGCACACUGCCGGGGUCCCACCCCUGUGAACUAUACCAUAAAGGAGAAUUAAGUAUUUAAUUCCCAAUACUGCCCUCUGAUAUCCUCCACUCUGGGCCCCUGCGGGUGCUGGACACCUAAUAACCCCCACCCCAUUCUCCAUUGCUCUUAGUGUAUCUGGCCUCCAGUGCAAGAAGUUAACACUAAAUCAGGUUUUAUUUUGUCGGGUUUAUUUUAAUUAGUUCACACACAAUACACUCGUUUCUAUCAUUUUAUAAAUAAACACUGGAUUGCAACAUGAGCGUUCUAAAUAGAACUUUUUACAAGUUAUACAAUCGCGCCACCUUCUGGCCUGUCAUGCUCACUGCAGCUUGGACCUUGCUGUGCAGGUUAAUAGCCCCCACCCCCCCCUUACUAAGUGUGUGGAUGGUGUGCUAUAAUACAAUACUUAUAAUUACUCUCUAACAAGACAAAGGGUAACAGCAUGGGAUUUUAAUUUGUGGGGGGGAAAUGAGCAUAACUAAACAAUGACAUAAAACAAAUCUUAUGUACAUUCUGUUUCAGACCCACCUUUUAAAAUAAUGCUUCCCCCUCGCCCCCCCUUGUGCAAUCAGGAGGUCAGGAAAUCCGCAGGUGGUAUCCCAAAACAAUGCUGCUUAUUAUCAUCUGGCCUUUUACAACGGGGAGGGUAAAUUAUUUUUAACUGUACAGGAUAGGUCAUAUUUUCCCCCCUCCCCAAAAAAAAUCCUUAAAUUCCUUAUUCCAGAAAUUAGUGUGUAUAUAAUCUCUCUAGAUUUUUCCUUUAUCAUAUUGAUUCAGUUCUGUCAUUUGUAGCACCUUUUUGUGCCUCUUCACAAUUUAAUUUUUGUUUAAUAACCCCUCCAGCCCCCAGCUGACACAACCUCCCUGCCUUGCAGUUAAUAUGCUAAAUGUGUUGGUAAGGAUUUAUUUUUGUGCACUCUGCUGCCACAGUGUUUUUUUUUUUUGUUUUGUUUUUUUUUUAAGGGCUGUUAAAAUCUCUAAUUCACCCCAGCAGGGAGUCUGGAAGACCUUUUAAUCCACCCUGGGGCCAGAUGGUCAAACACCCAGUAUGUGUGAGCUCUGAGCUAUAAGGCAUGUGGUGCACUGCCUAUUGUAAAUGGAAUUUAUUCACUAAAGUGUGAAUUGUCACAAAUUUCAUCCAAACUCUCUCAAAAUGUUUCUAGUCUGACUAUUUUUGUUCCAAAUGUGAAAAUCUUGUUUUCGUGAAUUAUUCAGGAAGCUUAACCCAUUCAUAAACAUAGCAGUUUCUCUGAAACUAUGUUUAUAAAACAAUGGGUUUAUACAGAGAAAUAACUUGAAUUCCACUGCAGUUAUGACUAAACUCCAAAUUGUAAUAAACUGAAACCUGAGGGGGAAGUUCUAGGUUUAAAAUGACAUUUUAAAUUGGGGAAAAAAGUUAAGAAUCUCCAAUUUUGGCAGUUCUGACACUUUUUUUUUUUUUUGGCAUUGUCCGAUAAACUGACCAUAACACCAUGAUAAAUGGUCAUUUUUGUUGGUUUACAGACCGAUAUACUACACAGUGAUAUCAAGAAUAGAGAUCCCAACUCAUAGGCUUCUAUCCAGUGCCCCUACAAAGUGUCCUACAGGCCUGUGAGCUGCAUCCUAGACCCCCUAUCUAGACCGUUCCAGUGUGACCGUAAAUCGACCCUCUUCCUGCCAAUGGUUGGUGUAACCUCUGGCUAUUCCUGCUUUCUGUGGGUGGUAAUCUGAUGUCAAGUUUACAAUUAGGCCCUUACAAUUGACCUUGGCAGCAGGGUAUCCCUUAAACACAGCCAUGGCGUGAUGUGAACCUGUUUUAUAGUCCUCGUUGUCACUGGAGGAAACUGACUCUGAAAGGGACUGGUACAUUGAACGUUUCCUCCAAAGGUCACAUUGUGUCAGGGUUUUGUAUCUUUGUCUUUUUUCAGACGUUGUUGUUGUUGUUGUUGUUGUUGUUGUUGUUGUUGUUAUUGUGUAUGUCUCCCUCUCCCUCUCCCGGACAGUUCCAUGCUGGGAGAGAACAUUCAAUGGGUGGGGAAGAUGGGAUAACUAGGCAGGUUCUGGGUGCCUGCUAUAAUUACUUAUUAAAAGGUCCCAUUUUCAGUUCACCCUGACAAAUCCACUGUGUGUCAUACCUGUAAGUGUGACAGUAUUAUUAUAAGUAGUGUAUGGGUUUUAUUGCUUUGUUUUCCUUGCAGAAUAUUUAGAUUUUUAAUAAACCACCCUUACUUAAAGGACCACUAUAGUGCCCUGAGGGUGCCCCCAUCCUCAGGGUCCCACUCCCGCCCGGCUCUGGAAGGGGGAAAGGGGGAAAAAAAGUACCUUUUUCCAGCACUGGGCGGGGAGCUCUCCUUCUGCUCUCCUCCUCCGAUCCUCCCCAUCGGCUGAAUACGCACGCGCGGCAAGAGUUGCGCGCGCUUUCAGCCGGUCGCAUAGGAAAGCAUUCACAGUGAGAAGCACGCAAGCGCCUCUAGCAGCUGUCAAUGAGACAGCCACUAGAGGAAUUGGGGGGAAGCUUAACCCAUUCAUAAACAUAGCAGUUUCUCUGAAACUAUGUUUAUAAAACAAUGGGUUAACCCUAGAAGGACCUGGCACCCAGACCACUUCAUUAAGCUGACGUGGUCUGGGUGCCUAGAGUGGUCCUUUAAAGGGGCACCCACUGCCCAAAUGAAAAAACUAACUUGGUGAGAACAAGUGUGCAUGCAGCUCUCUUGUUUGCAGCCUUUGCAAGCCCUCCCCUUCUAACCCCGCCCAGACUUUCUGUGGCUGCCCAAUCACAGACUUCCCAAUGCAGCUCAAUGAGAAGUCUUUACAAGGCAGGUGCCCUGGGCAAUUGCUGCCUCUUGAGUUUAUCUCCUCUGAGCUAAACAAACCAGGAAGUAACAGGACUGGGUGUCUGACAGGUUGGGGGGAAUAACAAAGUUAAAUUAUAAAAGUGACAAUUUCUAUAUAAACUGGCACAUCUUGUAUAAUGGGGAGGAGGGGGUGUCUAGGGUGGCCCUUUUAAUUCUAUGAAAUGUACUGCAAUGACAGCCUGAUGUAGUGUAAAGUCCAUCUUUCUGGUGAUAAAUUAGUGAUGAUAAAUUAGUUAUCUAAAUUAGAUGAGAAAAAAAUUUUUUUGCAGUAAAGUCUCUUCACCUUAACAGGCUAUUAAAGGUUAUUAACGAAUACAGCAAACUUACAUUGAGUUUUUUUUAAUAUUUUUUUUUUUUCCUCUCUCCCUCAUCUCUAACUCAGUCUAGUAUAUAACGUACUUAUCUGAUACUAGUUUUUGCCUAGUACUAGUCUGCAUCAUGUGAUCACAAUGACCUCCUGUGAUGGCUACAUGUGGGCCCUGCAGACUGGGCUCUGGCCCACCCCAUUGUCGUUGACUGCAUGACCAAGUGCUAUUGGUUGAACAUGCAGUAGUAAGGCCAACAAUAGCUUUUUAACAUUGUAAACCUCGUACAGACACAAACACCGCUGUAAGAUACAACAUGUUGUGCAAGAUGACCUGUAAGCUUGCAAUCUAAUGGAAGGAAAACCUCCUUGAUUACACAGCAGACAUACUCCGCUGAAGGAAAGUGGGGUCUUUAGCGCUAUCAUCAUUACGGCAGGAAGUAAUGUGUGACUGUGUAUAUGUGGUUUUGUGUUCGAUGAUGGCUAAUCUCCUGUGCAUUAUUAAAGGGUUACUUCAACCAAAAAGCAGUUUGUUUUUUCGUGUAUACUCUAGACACCAUAACAACUAAAGUGUGCUAUAGUUGUUAUGGUGUCAGGAGUACCCUGACAUCCCAUAUUUUAAAUAAUCAAACCAUUUCCGAACACUUUGAUUGUGACCUGGGACCCACCACAAUAAUACUACUUCCCAUGGAGAGCCUGUCUCUGGGGAGAAGGAUUGAGGUCAGGAGGAUCAAGCAGAAGGAAAACGUGGCCUUGGCAUAGCAUGGAAAGGGUUUAUCUUUAUGCAGGGAGCAUGCCAGCAAGGGUUCGGUAGUAAUUUUGUGGAGUUCAUAUUUAUUUGGAUGGACUAUUUUUAUGUUUGGGUGUUUUUUUGUUUUUUUUGUUUUGUUUUUUAACAAAAAUAAGCCAUUCCAGGACUAUGUACACAUCCUGGAAAAACUUGCCAUUCUGAAAUAAAAUGUUUUAGGUUUUUUUUUUUUUUUCUUUGUCUUGUGUGUGUAUAUAAACUUAAGACUUUCUUUUUCCUGUUUUGUCACAGACCAGCAAAACACUCCAAAUGACGAUGUGGAUGCUGACGGGAAAGUGAAAAUGUGUCGGAGAGAAGAAACUCAUGUCUGUGAGAAAUGCUGUGGUGAAUUCUUUGACCAUUCUGAGUUUUCAGCCCAUCAACAGACGUGUGACAAAAAGGCACGUGUUCUUAUUGUGAAUGACAGUGAAGCAGGGAUGUCUGACUCCUUUGUCCCACCAACUGCUGAAGGUGCCUCCUCUGAGCUAUUGGAGGGUCAAGACACAAAGGUUUUUAAGACCAGUAGCUCAGUUUGUUCCACUGAGAAACCGGAAGUAAAGAUGGAUUCUACUAACCUAAAAACUGUCCCUUUACCUACUCCGAAGACUAAUGGUCAUGGCUGCUUGCCAAAAACCAGUGUAUCCAACACUAACGUGACUUUACAGACUAUCAAUACCACUAAAGUAGCUGUUAAUCAACAUACGUCCAAUGGUGUUACAAGUUUGAACACAAAUACCAAUACCAUUUCCAUGAUUCUUGAGCAAUUGGUAUGUUUACAACAGCAGCAACUGCAACAAAUCCAACUCACCGAGCAAAUUCGCCUUCAGAUAGCCAGGAUGGCUCCCAACUCUGUGCAUCCAUCAAUCGCUGCGGCCACUGAGCCAAUCAAGAGUUUGGGUGCACACCUAUCUCAGCAGCUUUCUGCUGCUGUUGCUUUGCUUGGACAGAAAGCUGGAACGCAAAAUCUUGCCCUGGAGUCUCAAAAGCAAGCUAAGCUUCCUCCUAGUAACCUAUCUAUACCACUGGGAACUGUACCCAUCACUCUCUCCAACUCUCUUCUGAAAACUGAGCCUUCUAGGGGAAUACCUGCUGCUGUUCCUCGGUUUUCAAACCCUGUGUUACCUCUUUCACCAGGGACUGUUAUUUUCCAGAAUCCACUUUCAGCAGCAGACCAAAUGAAGAAACUCAAAGGGAAGUUUCCAAGCAUUGCUAUAGCUGAGAACAAACCCAACGGUGAAGACCAACUGUUCAAACAUAAAUGUAAGUUCUGUGGCAAGGUGUUUGGCAAUGAUAGUGCUCUUCAAAUACACUUGCGUUCUCAUACUGGAGAGCGACCUUAUAAAUGUAACAUUUGUGGAAAUCGGUUUACCACCAAAGGGAACUUAAAAGUUCACUUCCAACGACACCGGGAUAAAUAUCCACAUAUAAGAAUGAAUCCACACCCUGUGCCUGAGGACUUGGAUAAUGUGCCUACAGCAAGCGGAAUUCCAUAUGGCAUGUCUGUACCAAUGGAUGAGUCGAAUGUACUUGUAGAUUUAAAACCAAUCCUGACACAACUUCCCAACUCUGGGAUAAACACUGGAUUCAUAGAUCCAUCAUCUGUCCUUAUACCACCCAACAUGCAGUCCAAGCCAUCCCCUGGAAGUGAAGGAGAAUCUGUAUCAUCUGGGGCUUUUGGACACGAGUCUGGAACCGAACACAGCUUAAAUUCCCCACCUAUGAGUGGAUCAAGUGAGCAGGGAUCGGAGACCAGCAAGCUUCAGCAAAUGGUGGAGAACAUUGAUAAAUCUGGAUCUGAUCCCAAUGAGUGCACAGUAUGCCAUAGAAUCUUGAGUUGCCCUAGUUCACUAAAAAUGCAUUACCGUACACACACCGGUGAAAGACCUCACACGUGCAAGAUUUGUGGAAGAGCAUUUAGUACAAGAAGCAAUCUCAAAACUCACUACAAUGUUCACCGUGCAAAUGCCACUCUGAAGAUGCAGCAUUCAUGUCCGAUCUGUCAGAAGAAAUUCACAAAUGCAGUAGUUUUGCAACAACAUAUACGGAUGCACAUGGAGGGCCGUCUCCCAAACAGCCUCACAAAUGAUGGUGCUGGUGAAGAUAUUGACCCAGCCAUGCUUGAAGAAAAAAUCCGUGAAUUGAGCAAAAUAUUUGCAGAAGAGAAUGAUGACGAUCAAGAGAUGGAAGAUUUAGAAAAUACAAAUGCUUCCUUGGGGUCUAAGCCUUCUUCACCACAAAGUGAGACAACUGCAGAAUUGCCAGCCAGCCAGUUAACCCCUCUUGCACCUGAUGAGAGCCAAACAAAUAUGCCACCAGCUCUGAAUUUGCACUGGCAAAACAGUGUAAGAUCCAGUGAUAACGUUUCACUGGAAUGUGAUGACUUGACCGAUUCGUCAACCUCUGGAGAUCAUGACACUCUUAAUGCUAAAAGUCCUAUGGAGUCUGAAUCUAGGGCGCUUUCACCCACCAAUAGUCAUGACAGCAUUCCAUCAAAGUCUCCCCCUUCUUACAAUGGCAACGAUGACAUCGGUAUGACCAAUAGCGAAGUGUCAGAGAAUGGCUUGCAUGAUCCAGAUAAUGGGGCCUUGGAUCUCACAAAUGGUGGCUUAUCUCGGAAAAUUAAAGAAGAACCAGGUCUGGUGCAGAAUGGAGAAUUUGGUAAUUGAGCUUUGUGGGUUGUUGUUGUUGUUGUUGUUGUUUUUUGUUUUUGUUUUUUCUCAUAUUUUACUGCUGUGUUAAUUUGUAAAUCUAUCUUAACCUAUAGUAUAGAACAAUGAUCUCCUGCACUGUGCAACACACCAUCUGUGUGGGUUUUCCAUUUCAUCUCCCCACUGUUUUGGAGAGGGAUGUCCUAUUGUGGAACUGUGACAGCCUUGGCUGUACAUGAUACCUUAGAGUUUUAUCUAUCAAGUUGUCUCUUUACAUCCACAGAAGAAUAACCACUUUCUUUGUUUAAUUUCCUUGCAGGCAAGAGUGCAAACCUGCCUGUCAAUGCACCACCCGCACUUAUCAAAAUGGAGAGACCUGCAGACCGCAUUGUGGGAACUGCGCAGUUUAUAGCACCACCAAUUCUUGCACCUGGAUUAAUGCCGCUUCUUGUUCCUCAACGUCGCUCGGCAAGGCAGCAUCUAUGUCAGACAUGUGGCAAGCACUUCUCCUCUGCAUCUGCCCUUCAGAUCCACGAAAGGACCCAUACGGGGGAGAAGCCUUUUGCAUGUCAAGUAUGUGGAAGAGCUUUCACCACCAAAGGAAAUCUGAAGGUUUGCAGAUUAUAUAUAUAUAUAUUUUUUUAUUUAACCAGUGUUUCAUGUGUUGUAUAGUCCAAAUAUUCUAAACCUGUGUUCUUGGCACAAUUUGUUCACAUUAGAUUUGAUCAUUUCAAAAUCCAAAUUAUUCCAAAUGUGAAUUAUUCAUUCAGGUUUGUUGAUGGGGUCUAUAUGCUGUGAAUAUAGAAAGUCUCCUUAAAGUUAACUAUUACGUUUGGAGGCCUGUCACAAUGAGGUUUUAUAUAACUUAAAUUUAUUUAUAUAUUUUUAUUUUUUGUAAUUAUAUAUUUUAGGAUAGAUAUGUAAUUUUUUUUUAUUUUGUUACUGAUUUUGGGUGGACUCUGUUCUAUCACCAGUGAAAGGGUUUAUUUUUGUUUGUUUGUUUGUUCCUCACUAUAUGCAUUGAUUCUCCUAAUUUUUAUCUUCUACUCCCUCAUACAGGUUCAUGUUGGGACUCAUAUGUGGAAUAAUGCUGCUCGGAGAGGAAGAAGACUAUCAAUGGAUAGUACGUUGCCUUCACUAGGAAGUGACGGCAAAGCGGGGGAUCUACUUCCAAAGUAUCUUGUUCCAUCUUCAGUAAGCAUGGACCCAACUAUGUGGAAUCAAUAUGCCGCUGCUUUUACCAAUGGCUUGGCCAUGAAGACCAAUGAAAUCUCUGUUAUACAAACCGGAGGCAUUCCAAGUGGUGUACCCACACUUCCUGUGAGCAAUGGGGCAAUGAGUACAGCAACGGUGUCUACUAUCGAGGCCUCACAGUCUGGUGUAAACAGAAUCCUUUCUGGAAUGGAGGAGGUUGGUGCUGAAAAUGCACCAAAACACCAGUUUACUCACUUUAUGGAAGAAAAUAUUGCUGUGAACUGAAACAAGGAACACUUACUUUGGGUGGGAAACUGCUAAAUGGUCACUUGACACUUCAUUUGUGGGGUUUUUAUUUUUUUUUCCCCCUUCCCUCCAUUUUCCACUCUACGGCUGGCUCGUCACCAGAAACCUUCCCCAGUGCCAGAUUAACAAGUGGUUAUCUUUCUGGCGUCACCCCCAACUGGCCGUCUAGGGUUAUCGAUCAUUUUAUUUGUUUUUGGUUUGGGUAUUUUUUAUUUUUUUUGAAGAACAUUAACUAAAU